AUGACCAUGAAGAAAAGGUCAAUUAUCUGCCUUUUGUCUCUGUCUUUUCUGUUCUGAGCAGCACUGACUCCUGAAUGUUCUUCCAGAGCCCAGUACACCCUACCAGAUCCACAGCUGGUCUCAGGAGCGCUGAUAGACGAAGCCAAUCACCUGGGCAACCUACAGUUCAGAGUCUGGGAAAAGAUGCAGGGGAUUGUCAAACGCAGUGAGUACUGGACAAGAGAGGAUGUGGUUGAGAAUAACAAUCGAUUCUUUAAUUGAAUCUAAAAUAGAUGGUUUACAUUUUUCACAUUUACAUUUUAGUCAUUUAGCAGACGCUCUUAUCCAGAGCGACUUACAGUUAGUGCAUACAUUAUAUUUUUUUCCCCCUGUGGGAAUCGAACCCACAACCCUGGCAUUGCAAACGCCAUGCUCUACCAACUGAGCUACAUCCCCUGCCGGCCAUUCCAGUUUAAUAUGUGUCUAAUAAAAUAGUAUAGUCUACAGGGUUUACAAUGUCUCUGUGUUUGUUUUGAAGCUCCGGUGAUUCUGGACCCCAACAAUGCAAACCCCAGUAUCUCUCUGUCUAAUGAUCUGACCAGUGUGAGACAUUUAGCCAAAAGGCAGCAGCUCCCUGACAACCCAGAGAGAUUCAUGAAAUAUGCAAAUGUUCUGGGCUAUGAGGGGUUCAGCUCAGGAAAGCACAGCUGGGAGGUGGAGGUGGGGGACCAUCCUGACCGGAACCUGGGUGUGGCUAAAGAGUCUGUUGACAGGAAGGGGGAGCUGAAGGCAUCACCAAAGUAUGGAAUCUGGAUUCUACCGCUGAAGAAUGGUAAGUAUACAGGAGGACAAGGUGAGACCCUCCCUCUGAAGACAAGACCCCAGAGUGAUCAGAGUACAGCUGGACUACAACAGGUGGGAGGUGUCCUUCUACGACCCCAAACAUAUGACACAUAG